UACACGUAAACCCGCUGGUUCUCUAAGAGUCUUUAGAAAAGUUUUAACCCCCGCAGAGGCGCAGACCCACGCAACCGCAUCAUUCUACAACGUUCCAACCGCCUCGUCCAAGUUAAACAUGGAGAGAUAGAUGCUACGUCUCAUCAGGUGUCUGCCUCUAAAUGUUGAGGCAAAGACUUUCUCCAUGAGCUUGAAGAAGAGAAGAUUAUUGGCUCUAGAGUGUCUUAACCAAGCCCCUGUAGAUGGGUCAUCGUAUGCCACAUCCGGGAGCUGCAGACGAUCAUCCAAAUCCGGAUCACACGAUUUUUGAGUUGCCGGGACGUUCGUGUAUUUAACCCCGCAGAGAGUGAGCGAGAUCGAUACAGAGAGAGAAGGGGAGAAAGAAAAGGCGAGUUUCAGCUGUUGUGAACAGAGGAAGAGACACGUGAUUGUGUGGUCUUAGAGAUAAGAGACAAUGGUUGGACCGUCGCGGCCUCAGAUCGUUCUUUUUGGAUCAUCCAUCGUCCAGAUGAGCUUUGGUCAUGGUGGUUGGGGCGCCAUUCUCUCCGAGGUCUAUGCUCGCAAGGCCGACAUCGUUCUGCGAGGAUAUUAUGGAUGGAACUCAACUCGUGCUUUGGAAGUUAUUGACAAAGUGUUCCCCAAGGAUGCCUUGGUACAACCUUCUCUGGUAGUUGUCUAUUUUGGAGGAAACGACUCAAUGGGACCUCACCCUUCCGGUCUAGGACCUCACGUCCCACUACCUGAAUACGUCCAAAACAUGAAGAAGAUCGCUCUUCAUCUUCAGAGCCUUUCAGAAUCUACUCGUAUCAUAUUCCUUAGUUGUCCUCCAGUGGACGAGGCUAAAGUUCGUCAAAACCAGAGCCCAUACUUGAGCGAGGUAAUCCGCACAAACGAGCUCUGCAAGACAUAUUCAGACGCUUGUGUGGAGCUGUGCAAAGAGUUGGGCCUACAAGUAGUUGAUCUCUACUCUGCUUUUCAGAAAGCAGAUGACUGGGAAACCGUUUGCUUCACAGAUGGGAUUCAUUUGUCAGCACAAGGAAGCAAACUUGUAGCUGCAGAGAUACUGAGAGUUGUUAAAGAAGCGGAGUGGAGACCUUCGCUUCACUGGAAAUCGAUACCGACAGAAUUCUCUGAGGACUCUCCUUAUGAUCUUGUUGCAGCAGAUGGCAAAACGACGUUGAACUCUUCCGAGUGGACGUACUUCUGGGAAGAACAAUGGGAGUAACAACACACACAACAACGAAUACAAAACCUUUAUAUAAUAUAUAGUUCUCUUGUUUUAGACUGGUUUAUGAGUCUAUUUUCUGAAACGUUAUUAUUUCUUCAUGCUUGAGUAGUUUCUUGAAUCUAUCUUUUUUUCUGAACCUGUAGUUCCUUAAAAUAAUUAGUACUACUAUAAUAUCUAUCUAUUUACUUUC